AAUUAAUUGCGAAGAGUGCACGGCGCCACCGCUUUGUGAUUUUCUCCCAGGCAAGGAGGGGCAAUCACGCGCCAUGCGCACUUUAGCAACGCGAAGCCAAAAACAGAGAGGCGCGGGUGGUUUAUCCGCCGCUCUUUGAUUUCUCCGCCCCCUUCUGCAUUCUUAACGGACUACCCCAGUCCUCCCUGCGAUCUCCACUCCAUACUCUCGGUCUCCACAUUUUUUCAGAUCUCUCUCUCUCUGUCUUUGUCUCUCUCUCACGAUGCACUGCUCGCUCUCUCUCUCCACCUCUUCUCCGGCCAUUGCCAGAUCAAAUCACAUCUCCGACCUAUCCUCUGCCGUCCCAUUCAAGCCUCUGAACCUCCGGUUCUGCGGUCUUCAGCGCGAGGCCCUAGGAUUUGGUUACGACUCUCGUCGAGUUCUUCUAUCCACUCGCAGGCGCGCCAAGAAGGUCUCGGCUUCGGCGUCCGACAAUGGCAGCACUCCGAAAGCAUUCGAUUACGAUUUGGUCAUAAUAGGAGCUGGCGUCGGCGGUCACGGAGCCGCGCUUCACGCCGUCGAGAAGGGUCUGAAAACUGCUAUAGUUGAGGGAGACGUGGUGGGGGGAACAUGUGUAAACAGAGGCUGUGUUCCCUCUAAAGCACUUCUUGCUGUAAGUGGUCGAAUGCGUGAACUUCAGUCCGAGCAUCACUUGAAGGCUUUGGGUUUGCAAGUUUCAGCUGCUGGUUAUGACAGACAGGGAGUGGCUGAUCAUGCUAAUAAUCUUGCUUCUAAAAUUCGUAGCAAUUUGACCAAUUCAAUGAAGGCCCUUGGUGUAGACAUUUUGACUGGUGUUGGCACAAUUUUGGGCCCUCAAAAGGUGAAAUAUGGGAAAGUUGGCUUCUCUGACCAAGUAAUAACUGCAAAAGAUAUUAUUAUUGCUACUGGUUCUGUACCUUUUGUCCCAAAAGGCGUUGAAGUUGAUGGGAAGACUGUAAUUACCAGUGAUCAUGCACUUAAACUGGAGUUUGUUCCUGAUUGGAUAGCUAUAGUGGGAAGUGGUUAUAUUGGUCUUGAAUUCAGUGAUGUAUACACAGCACUUGGAAGUGAGGUGACUUUUAUUGAAGCACUAGAUCAGCUAAUGCCUGGGUUUGAUCCUGAGAUUGGGAAGUUGGCUCAAAGGAUUCUAAUAAAUCCACGGAAAAUUGACUAUCACAUUGGAGUGUUUGCAACCAAGAUCACUCCAGCAAAGGAUGGAAAACCAGUCAGUAUUGAGCUUAUUGAUGCCAAGACUAAGGAACCAAAAGAUACUUUGGAGGUGGAUGCAGCAUUAAUUGCAACUGGAAGGGCUCCAUUUACAAAAGGUCUUGGCUUGGAGAAUAUCAAUGUAGUAACGCAACGUGGUUUCGUUCCUGUUGACGACCGCAUGCGAGUAAUUGAUGCAAAUGGCAAAUUGGUUCCUCACUUGUAUUGCAUUGGUGAUGCAAAUGGUAAAAUGAUGCUAGCUCAUGCAGCAAGUGCACAAGGAAUUUCAGUUGUUGAACAAGUCAGCGGAAAAGAUCAUGUGCUUAAUCAUUUGAGCAUCCCAGCAGCAUGUUUCACUCAUCCUGAAAUCAGUAUGGUUGGGUUGACAGAGCCUCAAGCAAGGGAGAAAGCUGAAAAGGAGGGAUUUGAAGUAAGUAUUGCCAAAACAAGUUUUAAGGCUAAUACAAAGGCCUUAGCAGAGAAUGAAGGAGAGGGACUUGCUAAGUUGAUAUACAGACCUGACAAUGGAGAGAUUCUUGGAGUUCAUAUUUUUGGGUUGCAUGCUGCGGACCUCAUCCAUGAAGCAUCCAAUGCUAUAGCAUUAGGGACACGUAUUCAGGACAUUAAGUAUGCAGUUCAUGCACAUCCAACAUUGUCCGAAGUGCUUGAUGAACUCUUUAAAUCGGCAAAGGUUAGUGCUCAUGUUUCUAGUCCAGUUAGGGAGGGAGUUGCAGUCUAAGCUUCUCAACACUGCUGGUAUAAUAUUUUUGAAGAAAUUUGCUUGUAUUAGGGAAUUUCAAGAAACUGCGCUUCUCUUGCCAAAAGUAAAAAUGGAGAUGCAUCCUAUCAUAUGAACAGUAACAUCAGCCCGCUAGAACCUCCCGGCUUCUUGACAACAGUGAGCCCCAAAAUUUUCCUUGUUGCAAUGUCUCUAUGUUUAGAGUUUGUUUUACAGUGCUUUAGAGAUCUGUUUGCCUUCAUAUUUAAUUUUCUUCACAAAUUUGUUUUCUAGUUUAAAUUUUGGAAAACUAUUGCAUAUAUAAGAGUUGAUGUUGGGGGAUCCAUUGAAUGCAA